ACAAAAUAAUACAGUUUAGGGAUUAAGCAGGCAGAUACAGCUCGGCAUUUGUUCCUGUAUUUGGGGGUUGUAAUUAGUAAUAAAAACCAUUUUGGCGAGACUUUUUCCCGAGAAAGGUGGCAGCUAGCAGGUAAUAUUUCAGUAUAAAAAGGCAAUGGCCAUGGUGACCUUUGAGCUGACAAAACAUCACAGAUAAAACAUUGCCGAUUUAACUUCACGCCACGACAAUAUAGUAGACACCAUCAACAAUGACUGCAAACAGCAACAUUAGUAUCAAGCUCGUCAGAAACGUCCCUUCAGGUACACCCACCAUUGAUGACUUCCAGGUCGAAACCGUCGAUGCACCAACCAAAGAGUCGCUGAAGGACAACCAGAUACUCGUCCGUAACCUGUACCUCUCGUGCGACCCCUUCCUGCGCGGGCGCAUGACUGGUUCGCGCAAUAGCUACGUAGCUAGCUUCGAGCCUGGAAAUCCCAUUGAAGGUUUUGGUGUCGGCAUUGUCGAGGCUUCGGCAAACCCAGACUUUAGCGAGGGUGAUAUUGUCACUGGAAACAGAUUCCUGUGGGAGACGCGCUUUGUUACCAACAGCUUGGGAUUUGUUAAAGUCUCAUCUGGCAGCGGCAUUUCGGCGGGCAGCUAUUUGGGAGUUCUGGGAAUGCCCUCAUUUACAGCUUAUGUUGGGUUGAUAAGCAUUUCCAACCCCAAGGCUGGCGAGACAGUUUUGGUAUCGGCUGCGUCGGGCGCAGUUGGCCAGAUGGUCGUGCAGCUGGCUAAGGCCCGCGGUCUGCAUGUUGUUGGUCUCGCUGGAUCAGAUGACAAGGUCGACUUUGUCAAAAGCAUCGGCGCCGACGCAGUCAUCAACUACAAGACUACCAUCGAUCUGGAUGCUGCUAUCAAACAGGCAGCGCCCAACGGCAUUGACAUUUACUUUGAAAAUGUCGGUGGCGAGCUUUUCGACAUUGCGCUCAAGAACAUGAACACAUUCGGUCGCAUCGCUGGAUGUGGCAUGAUAUCGCAGUACAACGCAACACCCGAAACCGCCUAUUAUAUCAAGAACAUCAUGGAAAUUGUCAUCAAGAGAAUUACAAUAUCUGGUUUCGUAGUGUCCGACUACUACACCAAGCCCGACUACAAAAACUUUAUUCAGGAAGUUUCGACCAAAUUCAAGGAGGGGGAAAUCACUUACAAGCUCGACGAGGUCGUUGGUCUGGAGAACGCACCGCAAGCACUGCUGGAUCUCUUUGAAGGCAAGAACUUUGGCAAGCGCGUUGUCAAGGUCUCCGAUAUCAGCGACAAGCAGUAAUAAGUAGCACUUCAUUUCAAAAUAUCA